AACAGUGGAGUAGUAGUGAGUGUGUCGAGUAGUGUGUGUGCGCAUGUGUGAGUGUGAGUGUGUUGCUGUGUUCGUCAGGUAUCGGGGUGGGUUUGAAACUUACCCACUGGGAGUCAGAAACUCUAGUUCACCUGAACAAUAACAUUAAGAACACUCAGUUCGUUGAAGGAGGGAUUCAAGUAUAUUCUCAGUGAAUAUACACUGAGAGAUAUACACCUCUCGGUGUAUAUAUGUUAGAGCACUGGGCUCCUCUCUUGUUGUAAGUUUUCAGGGAGUCCAUCAGAUUAAUCAAGGAGGUGUCGGCCGAGUGAGAUCUGAAACCUGAUUGUUAACUAUGGAGAAUGUUUUUGUUAUUGAGAUACUUAACGACAAUCCGGACUUGAUGAGACAGCGCACUCUCCAGGGGCAAAAUUUGGACACACAAACAGUUCUUAAUGGCGUUAUCAGUUGAUAAGACGACAAGAUCUGACAUCAUUGUUUGGUAUCUACAACUACUGCUACAGCAGCCAGGCACCUGGAACAAUGUGUGCGUUACAACCUGGGCAUUCACCUGGGCGCGUGAAUACACAGAAAACUGAGGCACAAUAUCCCAAAGGGCCACCUAGACGCUUAAAGACUCGGGAAAAUAAAGCACGGGAACUCGGGAACUCACCUAAGCACCUGAAGACGGAGAAGAAUGGCGUAAAAAAUACCAAGAACUCACCUGGGUCCCUAAAGACGCAGGAAAAUGAGGUACAAAAACCCAGGAACUCACCUAGUCACCUGAAGAUGCAGGAAAAUGAGGCACAAGAACCCAGGAACUCACCUAGUCACCUGAGGAUGCAGGAAAAUGAGGCACAAGAGGCCAGGAAUUCACCUAAGCACCUGAAAAAGCAGGAAAAUAACACACAGGUGCCCGAGAACUCACCUAAGCACCUGAAGACGCAGGAAAAUGAGGCACAAGAGACCAGUAACUCACCUAAGCACUUGAGGAUGCAGGAAAUGAAUCCAUUGCUGUCUAGACACUCAUCUAUGCACCUGGAGAUACCAGAAACUGAGCCCCUACAGGUCAGACACUCACAUGAAAAUCUGCAAACCCAGAAAUCAGACCCACUACAGCUCGGUACAUCACCUGAGAUCCUAAUGAUAGAAGAAGUGGAACAAGGUGAAUCAUCCGAGUCCAAGAAGAAGAGAAUCUGGAGACAGCUGGGCAAAGUGAUGCAGGUGAGCCUUGGUACCUGCAUGAUAGGCACUCUGUUUACGUUUCCUUCAGUCAUUGCUGCAGACCUCUACGCGCAUCAUACCACCAUAUAUGGCACCAAUAUCUCCAUAGAUGGCUUAGAGGACAUGGUUGGUAGUUUGGUAAUGUUGGGGUCGCUGCCUGGGGCCUGGGUGACAGCCUCCUUGGACCUCCAACUGAGACGACGCAAGGCUAUGAUUGUUCACGGUGUGUUGGCUGUCUUGGGCUGGUUGGGAGUGGCUUUGCUACCCUCUGUUGUGGGUGUUCUCAUAUCCAGGUGUGUGUCAGGUGUAGCCAUGGGAGGCUUCGCAGUGGUGCUGAAUGCAUAUGUGACCGAACUCGUUGAUGAUGAGGUCCGUGGCAUGAUGUCCAUGGUUCUUAAUCUGGGCAUCAUGAAAGGUCAACUAUUGACUGUGUGUUUGGGAUAUGCUGCCCGCUACUACGUGGUAGCUCUGAUCAAUACACUCGUCCCUGUAUUCUUCCUCAUCUUUCUUAUCUGGUUGCCGGAGAGUCCUGCACUCCUUGUUCUCAAAGGUAAGGAGGAGCAGGCGAGGAAAAUACUACUAAAUCUUAGAGGAAAACAUGCUGACCUGUCUACUGAGAUGCAGAAAUACCAAGACCUGAACCCAGCCAUCUCAAAGAGAGUGAGAUGGAGAAGUCUCACACAUAGCGACCACUUCAGAUCCUUGGCUGUGGUCUGCACAUUGCUUCUCAUCAACACGUUCUCAGGGUACAUGGUGCUGAACGCUAACUCAUUUCAAAUUUUCAAGUCCUCUGGGUCCACGGUGGAGGCAAAAUUGUGCACCAUAGUCCUGAUGAUUGUCCAGUUUGGAGCGGGGCUUGGUGGAUCAAUGCUCAUGGACAGGAUCGGCCGCAGGAAUAUCCUAUACCUGGGAUUUAUCCUCAUGACCGCCGGCCUAGGAACUCUGUCUUUCUUUGUGGGCGUAACACAGCCAGAAAAGUAUGAGGAGACGUUAUUGACGCUGGAGUCAGUGACUGCAAGAGCUCAAGUGGUGAGACGAGGGGGCUGGAUGCCCCUUGCUUGCCUGGUGGUGUCGCAGACGGGGGUGGUCCUCGGGGUCAACUUUAUGCCUCUUAUACUCACGCAGGAGUACUUUUCUACAAUCUUGCGAUCGCAGGCGAGCAGCAUAUGCGUCACAGUGUGGAUCUUGGGGAACUUCGCAGUUCUGCAGUUGUACACACCCAUGAUGGUGAGCCUCACCCAAGCCGGCCUUUACGGUUUCUACGCCUCCGUCUGCCUCUUGGGUAUCGUCUUCACGGCUUUCUUCGUCAGGGAGACCAUGGGGGAGAAGGUUGGCUGAGAAUUCUUUAGCAAUCGUCACACAAACACACACACACACACACACACAAGUAGAUGAUGUCGAGCAAAUCCACUAUAGAGGUCAAAAUCAGUGGUUCGAGCAUCGCAAAUUCAAUAAUUAUGAGAAAGCCCUUAACAAGGGAGUGAUUUGAGCUCAUACUUCUUAGAUCAAGAGCCCUUCACCCGCAUUAAGACACCCUAUCCAUAUUUGAAGGGAAUAUUCAUAGAUGCUAAUGGAAAAAUUUAUAUUGUCUCUAAAAAAGGCAGAAAGAUAAUUAACACUGAAAAGUUUCAUAGUUCUCAAUUUGCUGUGUUUUUUUUUUUUUUGGGGGGGGAGCUAAUUAGUUAGAAUUUUUUAAUAAAGAAUUUAACUAAGGAAGAUAUUUUUAAUUGAGGAGUUCACAACAUCAGCGAGUCCAGAAUGAGUAUAUACUCUUAGAGGACUAAAUGGUUAUUUGAAUUGGGUUACGAGCACUUAUCAGUGUUUUGGUUGAUUUACUUAAUUAGUUUAAAUCCUAUCGACUAGAGUAGGAUUGUUAAUGCUGCAAGUUACAUCUGUAAGAGUCACGAUUACUCUAUUUUCCAAAACUGUAAUUAAAAUUAUCUCUCGUUGCAUACAGACUGAAAGAUUUACUCCUCUCGGCGUGUAUCCACUCAGAGUAGCCCAGUUCUCCGUGUGUGUCCGCUCUUGGUGUAUAUAUACUAAGAAAUGCUCAGCUGUUUGUGAAUAUACAAUACACUGAGAGUGGUACACCCCUUUGGCAUAUAUCCAUGAGUGAUACAAAUUUUUCGGUGUAUAUACAGUGAGAGAUUCACACCCCUUCGUAUCCAGUAUAUCCUCGUGAGAUACCCACCUCUCAGUGUAUAUACUAUUAAAGGUGUGGUUUACCAGAGUUCCAGCAAAGUAUAGAGAUGGAUAUAAUACUGAUCUUUAAAAUUCACAGUUAAGAAGAAAAGUUCUUUGAGAAAAUAAUUAGGUGUAUGGGAAGGACCCAGAUGACGGGAGAUUAAACUAGAGGAACAUGUUAGGGAAAGUGUUCAGGUUUGAGUCUUCUGAUGUACAGUUUUUAAGGGCUAGAUCAGUGGUGAGGAUAAAUUUUUCAUAAGAAUAUGUUCCCAAAGUAAAUUUGAAAGUGAAUAUAAAAAUAUAUUUAUUAUACUCAUCAGAAAAAUAGAUGUUAUAAUACUGUGGUUGGAAAAAUUCACAAAUAACUCGCGCGAAUAGUUUCCUCUCUAAGUGUGGGUUAUUUGUGAAGAAACUUAUUUGAUAUUGAUCCUUGUAAUAUAUCCUUUCCCUAAAUAAAUAUAAUUGUUGCGUAUUCCUCAAA